AUGGCUGAGAAUAAGUUCGUCGAGGUUGACCGCGAAAGCUUCCCUUAUAUUUUCAUGAAGAAUGUGGACAUACCUUUAAAGACCCACGAGAAGGGGCUUCUGCGCUGCAACGUUUACCUACCUAAGGAUUCUGCCCCUUAUGGGACACAGAAGUACCCGGUGAUCGCAACAUAUGGUCCAUAUGGAAAGGACGUCCCUUAUGAAGUGUUUUUCAAAAAGAGCUGGGAUCAGGUCAACCCAGACAUGAAGUCCACCCAUGCAUCUUGGGAGACCCCGGAUCCUGGCUUCUGGACACGUCAGGGAUAUAUUGUCGUUCGAACAGAUGAGCGAGGUUCCGGCCAGAGCCCGGGAGAGCUUGAUACCAUGUCCCGAGGUACUAGUGAGGCUUUUUUUGAUGUAGUAGAGUGGUGUAGUGAGCAGGAAUGGUCCAGCGGUAAGGUGGGAUUACUGGGUAUUAGCUAUUUCGCAGGCACCCAAUGGCGAGUGGCUGCUCGUCAACCCAAGGGUCUGGCGGCCAUUAUUCCCUGGGAGGGCAUGAGCGACUAUUACCGUGAUCGGGUUCGUCAUGGUGGUAUUUUGUCUGAUCGUUUCAUCGACUUUUGGUGGAAGAACGCCGUCCAACCGAAUCAGUACGGAAAGCCCGGUCGAGCAUCGCGCCAAUGGGGCGAUGACACUCUGGAGGAAGAUCUUGACGAGCAGACUUUGUUCUCUAACCGGCGUGACCAAACCAAAGAUACUGCAGCGCACCGAUUUAUGGACGAAGAUUAUUACAAUACCCGAAAUCUCGAUCUGUCCAGCAUUGAAGUCCCUCUGCUAAGUGUUGCAAACUGGGGUGGAAUCCUGCUCCAUUUACGCGGGAAUGUUAUUGGCUGGAUGCGCGCCUCCUCUUCGUACAAGUUCUUGCGCUUCAUUGUAGGGCGCCAUGAUCUACCCUUCUAUUAUCCACACUCUGCCCAGCUGCAGUUGUCGUUCUUGGAUGCCUUCCUAAAAGAUAACGACUAUGACGGCUGGAGGUCUGGCCAACAGCCCCGUGUGCAUCUGUGCCUUCGUAAAGGCGAUUGUGGUGUAGACGAUCCUGAACGCGAACUGAAGUUUCCCAGUCGUGCCGAGGUUGACUGGCCUAUCCCGGACACUCAGUAUACGAAGUUCUUUCUCACAACCAAACAAACCUUAUCUAGAGAACCCGAUCCUUCUAUUGAUACCUGCACAUAUGAGGCACUGACUGGGACCCCAAUCACCUUUCUAUAUAAGACGUCCUCGAGCCUGGAGAUCACAGGACAUAUCCUGGCCCGCCUGACUGUUUCUUGCUCUCGAGAAAGCCCCAACAGCUCUCCACCAACUGAUAUUGACAUUUUCGUUACCCUGCGCAAAUUGAAUGCCGACGGGAAGGAAGUCUUCUACACUGGUACGAUGGGUGACCCGGUCCCCAUUGUCAAGGGAUGGCUCCGAGUUUCGCUCCGCAAAAUCAAUACUGAACAUCCAUUCCAUCGUCACUAUCUCCCUUACAGAGACUAUACUAGUGCUGAUGUUCAACCUGUAAAGGAGAAUGAGAGAUACCAGGUGGAUGUGGAAGUGUGGCCGACUAAUACUGUGCUCGACCCCAACGAGACUUUGGUUCUAGAGAUUGCAGGCCAUGACACCCAGGGUGUCGGCAAGUACUCCCACGAGCAUCCGGAUGAUCGGGAUCGAGCAGUCUUUGGCGGCCUCAACCAUAUCGAGGUGGGCCAGGAGUCUGGCUAUCUCUUGCUCCCUAUCAUACCAUCUCGGGAGGCUCUUAAUUGA